CUUGACUCCAAAUUCAUGCAGUUAGAGGAAAACAUUAUCCAAUAUAUGAAAAACCAGCUGAAGAGAUUCCAGAGGGCUCUGAGUCCCGACUGCUCAGAAUACACGUACUUAGAGAGCCACUCUGAGGAUGAGGGGAUGAUGUACGAAGACGAUGACGAGCAGAGGAGGAGAUGCAGAAAGGCCUUUCUGAGGAUUACAGUGCACUUCCUCAGAAGAAUGAAGCUAAAUGAACUGGCUAACUCUCUAAAAAACAGAACAAGAGCUGGAGUGUGUCAGCGGAAACUCAAGUCUAACUUGAAGGAGAAGUUCCAGUGUGUGUUCGAGGGGAUCACUAGAGCAGGAAACCCAACCUUUCUGGAUCAGAUCUACACAGAGCUCUACAUCACAGAGGGAGGCACUGGAGAGGUCAAUAAUGAACAUGAGGUCAGACAGAUUGAAACAGCAUCCUGGAAACCAGACAGACCAGAAACAACCAUCAGACAAGAAGACAUCUUUAAAGCCACAUCUGGAAGAGACGGACCAAUCAGGACAGUUCUGACAAAGGGAGUGGCCGGCAUUGGGAAAACCGUCCUAACACAGAAGUUCACCCUGGACUGGGCUGAAGACAGAGCCAACCCCGACAUACAGUUCACAUUUCCAUUCACUUUCAGAGAGCUGAAUGUGCUGAAGGAGAAGAAGUACAGCUUGGUGGAGCUCGUCCAUCACUUCUUCACUGAAACCAAAGAAGCAGGAAUCUGCAGGUUUGAAGAGUUCCAGGUCGUCUUCAUCUUCGACGGUCUGGACGAGUGUCGACUUCCUCUGGACUUCCACAACACAGAGAUCCUGACCGACAUCACAGCGUCCACCUCAGUGGACGUGCUGCUGACGAACCUCAUCAGGGGGAAACUGCUGCCCUCUGCUCGCCUCUGGAUAACCACACGACCUGCGGCAGCCAAUCAGAUCCCUCCUGAGUGUGUGGACAGGGUGACGGAGGUCAGAGGGUUCACUGACCCUCAGAAGGAGGAGUACUUCAGGAAGAGGUUCAGCGACGAAAAACAGGCCAACACGAUCAUCGCUCACAUCCAGACGUCACGAAGCCUCCACAUCAUGUGCCACAUCCCGGUCUUCUGCUGGAUCACUGCUACAGUUCUGAAGGACGUGUUGAAAACCAGAGAGGGGGGGGAGCUGCCCAAGACCCUGACGGAGAUGUACAUCCACUUCCUGGUGGUUCAGUCCAAACUGAAGAAGGUCAGGUACGACAGAGGAGCUGAGGCAGAUCCACUCUGGAGUCGACAGAACAGGAAGAUGAUUGAGUCUCUGGGAAAACUGGCUUUUGAGCAGCUGCAGAAAGGAAACCUGAUCUUCUAUGAAUCCGACCUGACAGAGUGUGACAUCGAUAUCAGAGCCGCCUCCGUUUACUCAGGAGUGUUCACGCAGAUCUUUAAAGAGGAGAAAGGCCUGUACCAGGACAAGGUGUUCUGCUUCGUCCACCUGAGCGUCCAGGAGUUUCUGGCUGCUCUUCACGUCCAUCUGACCUUCAUCAACUCUGGAGUCAAUCUGAUGUCCAAACAACAAGCAGCUUCACGGUUACCCAGAGUCUUUAAAGACAGAGUUAAACUAAACGUUCUCUAUCAGAGUGCAGUGGACAAGGCCUUACAGAGUCCAAAUGGACACCUGGACUUGUUCCUCCGUUUCCUCCUGGGUCUUUCAGUGCAGACCAAUCAGAAACAUCUACAAGGCCUGUUGACACAGACAGGAAGUAACGGACAGAUAAAACAGAAAACAGUCCAUUACAUCAAGGAGAAGAUCAGUCAGGAUCUGUCUGUGGAGAGAAGCAUCAACCUGUUCCACUGUCUGAAUGAACUGAGUGACCGUUCUCUAGAGGAGGAGAUCCAACAGUCCCUGAAAUCAGGACGUCUCUCCACAGAGAAACUGUCUCCUGCUCAGUGGUCAGCUCUGAACUUCAUCUUACUGUCAUCAGGAAAAGAUCUGGAGGUGUUUGACCUGAAGAAAUACUCUGGUUCAGAGGAGGCUCUUCUCAGGCUGCUGCCGGUGGUCAAAGCCUCCAACAAAGCUCUGCUGAGCGGCUGUAACCUCUCAGAGAGAAGUUGUAAAGCUCUGUCCUCAGUCCUCAGCUCUACGUCCUGCAGACUGACAGAACUGGACCUGAGUAACAAUGACCUGCAGGAUUCAGGAGUGAAGCUGCUGUCUGCAGGACUGAAGAGUCCACACUGCAAACUGGAAACUCUCAGUCUGUCAGGUUGUCUGAUCACAGACGAAAGCUGUGCCGCUCUAGCUUCUGCCCUGAGUGCCAACCACCUCCAUCUGAGAGAACUGGACCUGAACAACAACAACCUGCAGGAUUCAGGAGUGAAGCUACUGUCCGCUGGACUGGACGACCAGUACUGGAGACUGGACUGUCUUAAGGUGGACAAUGGUGGAGAGCAGAUGCUGACUCCUGGUCUGAGGAAAUUUUCCUGUGACCUCACUCUCGACCCAAUCACCGCUCACAGGAACCUCCGACUGUCUGACGGCUACAGGAAGCUGGAGCUGGUGAACGAGCAGCAGUCGUACCCUGAUGACCCGGAAAGAUUCGACAUCUUCUGUCAGCUGCUGUGCAGAAAUGGUCUGAGCGGUCGCUGUUACUGGGAGGUGGUGUGGAGUGGACAGGUUGACAUCGCGGUGACUCUCAGAGGAAUCAGAAGGAAAGGUUACAGAAAGGCCUGCAGGUUCGGAGGGAACGAUCAGUCCUGGUGUCUGAGCUGCUCUGAUUAUUGUUAUUCUGUGUGGCACAACAACACAGAAACACUCGUCCCUCUCCCCGCGGCCUCCAUCUCCCACAGAGUGGGAGUGUAUGUGGAUUGUCUUGCCGGCAUCUUGUCCUUCUACCGAGUUUCCUUGGACGCACCGAUACACCUCCACACCUUCAACAUCAAAUUCACGAAUCUUUUCUACCCUGGGUUCAGGGUGUGGUUUGGUUCAGUGUCUCUGUGCUCGGAGUAA